UCACUGGUGGGCCUCAAACUGUUCACUGAGCUGGAAGAGCUGGUCGUCGACAACAACCUGCUUGGAAAUGAUCUCCAGUUGCCAAGGUUACCCAACCUCCACACCUUGACACUUAAUAAGAAUCAAAUAUCCUUUGAAGAGACCAGUUUUAUCCUGCUGGGAAACGAGGCCUGCCCCAACCAGCUGGUGAGCCCGGAUAAGGAUGAGGACGACUACCAGAGAUACAGAUACUUUGUUCUUUUCAAAUUGCCUCAACUGAAGUUUUUGGACACCAGGAAAGUCACCAAAAAAGAACUGCUGGAAGCACGAGCAAGAGGAGCAUUCAUGAAAGUGGUCAAACCCAAGUCGGAAGCUGUAAACAUCAUAGAC